ACCCCCAGCACAGUGAGGCCUGGCCCAGCCUGGGAGUUGGGUGUCUGUGUCAUCUCUCAUGGCCUGCGCUCAGCCUGGGGAGACCAGGAAGCAGCACAGAGCAGGUUUCAGCACUGAGAAUGGCCACGUUUUUUGGGGAGGUGAUGUCUGUGUUCUCCAGGGCUGUAGAGGAGGAUGAUGAAGAUGAGGAGGAGGAAGAGGAGGAUGAAGAGGAAGACAAAGAGAUUAAGAAGGAGUUAGAAAAGAAAAGAGAGGUUGUUAUCUCCUGGAGUCCUGCGACUGUCACAAGCAUUCAGAGCUCCCCAGACCAGAAGCUGCCGUGUCGUAAUGUAAUAUUGGCCAUUGGAGGGAAUGCAGCAGCCUUCGCAUCGUCUCAUAUCCUGAGCUCCGGGAAUUGGGAAUUAGCCGGGUCUAUCCGAUUGUGGAAUGAAAGAUGCCGAGACUCCAGCAAUGCAAGUCUUCCCGCCUCACCAUCCUGCACUUUCUAUUGGUCGACCACGAAACAGGUCUUGGUCUGUCAGUGCACCUGCCAUGUUGCAGAAGACCAGCUGUUCCAGUGGUGUGAGAAGGUGUUUAGCAGUCUGCAGAAGGAAGGAUUGUCAGUAACUGUGCUCUCCACCUGUCCUGUCGCAGAAUACAAAACCACAGAAUCCACUUACGACCUCCCUGUCCCGUUUCUAAAAGCUUUAAAAACAAAAACGUACACAGAGCGUACUCCCUGCACUCUGAUGGAGCAGCCCAAUAUUGUAGACGGUCUGCCUGGAGCAGUGCUGACUUACUGCCAGAUUUGGGAGAUUCCAGCCGUCCUCUACCAGUGCUACACUGACAUCACUAAGCUGGAUUCCGUCACCAUCGAGGCUUUCUGCCCUCUCCUGUCCUGUCCCAACAUGAGCCGUCUGGCUGCGGACUCAACAGAUAUCAAGGAAAUACUGAAGAAAAUGGUCAAAGACUCGGAAAUUCAAAGUAACCUCUAUAUAUGACCUAGACUUGGAGGCAACUUCUGUAGUGACAAAUUAAACAAAAUAGUCAAAAACCAAA